AUGGCCGACGACUGGGGAUACAGCUGUGAAAAUGGCCCAGCAACUUGGGAAGAAAAAUACCCGGAGGCGAGAGGCGCGCGGCAGAGUCCCGUGGACAUAGUGACGUCACGCGCCAGCAGUGGAGGCUCCGCCCCACCACUCCGGUGGAAGUAUUCCGUCAACCACACCCGCUCCGUCGUCAAUCCCGGUUACUGUUGGCGUGUCGACGAAAAUGGUUAUGAAUCCGAAUUACGUGGGGGCCCACUAGGCUCCGAUGUCUAUAAACUCCAACAAUGGCACUGCCACUGGGGCGCUGAGGACGGCGAAGGCUCUGAACACACAGUGGAUGGACGAUCCUUCUCCGGAGAAUUGCAUCUCGUCCAUUGGAACACAUCCAAAUACGACAGCUUUACAGAGGCAGCAGGAAAACCUGAUGGACUGGCUGUUUUAGGUGUCUUACUAAUGGUUGGAUCAAAACACAAGGAGUUGGACAAAGUGGUGCGUUUGUUACCAUUCAUUCAGCAUAAAGGUGAUAAAGUAACGCUGUCAGACCCGUUGGACCCUGCGCAGUUACUACCACCUCGCGUCGCUUACUGGACCUACCCCGGCUCGCUUACUACCCCGCCCUGCACCGAAUCUGUCACAUGGAUUCUUUUCAAAGAGCCCAUCCAAGUUUCUGCUGAACAGUUGGCACUAAUGCGGAAGCUACGAUGCGGCGAACCAUCAUGCGGAACUGAGGCUAUGGAACUACUCCACAACUACAGACCCACGCUCCCACUUGGCAACCGUGAACUACGUGACUAUGGCGGCAACUAA